UUCUCUCUCACUCCAUUUGAUAUCAUGGUGUAUAUAAACCUGCUCACAUAAUACCGCAGCGCAUUGCUUCCGAAACUGUGGUGCUAAAGUUGUCAAGUCAUGACAAAUCCACAAGACUAUAGUGUAUCUAACAAAGUACAAAAGUACAACAUAUUACCUAUAAUUGAGGAGUUUAGCGAGGAUUUAGUAAAUAUAUGUGGAAAAUGUAUGGACAUUGGUUGCGGUCCUGGAGACAUAACGAAGGAUUUAUUAUUACCGCUUCUUGGUCCGAAUGUAGAAAUAAUAGGUACGGACAUUUCGGAGAGCAUGAUCGAAUAUGCGAAUAAAACAUUUGGUGACAGGAAACGGCUCCAAUUUGAAGUAUUGGAUGCUGCAACUGAAAACUUGCCUAAGAAAUAUAUUUCUGAAUUUGAUCACAUAUUUUCGUUUCACGCUUUGCAUUGGUGCAACGAUAUUCGGCAAGCUUUUAAGAACAUCUAUCAAAUGCUACGACCUAAGGGAACUAUACUUUUUUACAUAUCUGCAUUUAAUGAUAUGUUUGACGUCCUCAAAAUGAUGGCUCAGGAUAUCCGUUUUGCACAAUAUAUACCGGAUGCAAUGAGAAACGUUGCACCGUAUCAUAAAUCAAACAAUCCUCGUAAAGAGUUAAAAGAAUCGCUUGAAAGUGUCGGAUUUACAGUUCACCACUGCAGUCUUCGGGAGACGAGCUAUUCAGAAGAAAAAUCUGAACAGUUUUUGAAAUCGGUGUUAUCCAUCUUGGCAUUUCUCGAGGACAUGCCGGGAGAUUUGAUAAUACAAUACAAGGAUGAACUUAUACAUGAAUAUAUGAAAAGAAAGAUUCGCUAUAGACCGAUAAAUAAUAAUCAGGAACUUACAUUAGAUCUGUAUAAAGGGUUAGUGGUAUAUGCACAAAAGAUGUAGUAUUACAAUGACAAACGUAUCUGC